AUGAGUCAAAGAGCAAUCUAUAGGAAAUCAACAGGUUCACCCCAACAACAAUUUACACCAACAGUCAACAAUGGAGUUGGGCCUCAGGCUAAAGCAUUUCCAUUUAAACAUUUUAUUACCUUGCCCAAUGGUGUUGUGAGAAGUAGUAGGCCAGCCCGAGGUGAGAGUAACUAUCAUAAUAUCUCUACAACGUCAGGAUACAGCAGUGUACCAGUUAAAGGUAUUCACAGUCCCCCAGUCAUACAUUAUACUGAUAGUGGACCUGAAUAUGAUAGACAACAGUAUCUAAAGCCACCCGACCAGGUUAGAUACAACUCUAGAGUCAGUAGAGAAAGACACAACAAUGUCAAUAUUGUAUUAGAUUCAACAAGCCAGCUAGAAAGUUCAGUGGGCAGAUAUCGAAAGCGAUCCAAAUCCACACCUCCAGUGAGUGACAGGUCUUCAGGUGAUUGGGUGGACAAUAGUUCAGUUAGACAGUCAACAAGAUUAGUUAGUAAUGGGAGUGUAAAAGGCCAGUAUAUCACCAACGACGAAGUUAUUUACGCUAAUGUGAACAGAGGAUCAAUUUCUAAUAACAGACCUCCUUUAUUUAUUAAUUCACCUGCUUCUAAAUAUGUGGUGGAUGUGAACCAUACUUAUUCUUCUGUUGGAUUAGUACAUAGUAAGGUGGAUUAUAUUAGACCUUCAUCUCCUCUUAGUGUUUAUAGUGAUCGGGGAUCGGAUUAUGUUAGUAGUGCUGGUUCAAUGAGGGGUGAUACUGUGAUAUAUAACAGUCCGUCUGCUCGGCAAGACGUGAUUAUGAUGGGCAAUUACUAUGACCCUCGUGAUAUUUAUGUGGACAAUAGGAAUAAUGGUUCCUUGACUCACUCUAGGGCUAAAUUCUCCAGCAUGCCAAUGUUAUAUGUGGACAAAGCCACUGAGAAAAAAAUUAUUAAAGAGGAGAAAAAGAGAGUAAAAGAGGAGCGAAAGCGAUUUGAGAAAGAGGAGAAAAAACGUAAAAAAGCUGAAAAGAAAGCAGCUACAUUGAAUGCCAAAACUUUACCGAAAAGUUGGGGGUAUGAUGUUGUACAUAGGAAUAUUGAGAACACUUAUCCUCGACCAAGGUUACGCAUGAGAGCAGUACCAAUAGAAUUUGAAGAUGGACCUUAUGUACCUCCUCCUCUAAGGCCAAGAUAUGUGGUUAACCCUAACCCCGGAUUACAAAAAAAGCAUUUUUAUACCAGUACACCCAAUUUACAACAAGCAAUAUAUGCCAAUACACCUAGUAUUCAGAGAGUUGAACAGGUGUACGGUACCUCAUCAAGAUAUGCAUUAAAACCACAUAUACCUCCAACUAAUAAACGACUAUUAAACAUGACCAUGGAUGAAGCUUGGGCUAUUAAUUUGUUCAUGGUUUAUUGCAAGAUAAAAAGAAUGAUUUUCAUUGCCCAUGUGUGUGUGUAUUUUAUGGCCACAUCUAAACCAGAAAAGCCAUAG